AUUUAGUGUUUAGAACAAGGACACCGUGUAAAAUAUGCGUGACUAUUAUUAUUUAUUUAUUUAUUUAUUUAUUUUAGCGGGGGGCGGUCAUUGACACUUAAUUUUAUUUCAUUCCGUAAGGCGCAAUAGUGUUUUGGGAGGGUGGUGGCAUACGCUUAUGUAUUUGAGCUAUUUCCUGAAAAUACCCUCCGCUCAGACCCCGGUGAUUGGAGACUGGCGGUGGCGGAGCACAGACGCAGCGUUAUUGAAAGUGUGCCGUUGUAAGUGACAGCUCGGUCUGCGUCGCUGUGGUCGCGGCUCUCCCUCCCCCCGGCUGAGCGCGCGCACCCCCGGGCCUCGGGAGCACAUCGCGGCGCACACACAGCUGCAACCUUGCCCGGAAGCGGAGGGAACAACGAGGGGUUUACACUCAUCUCUGCUGCGAUGGCAGUCACGAAAACAUCAGCAUUGCGGGAUUAGAGAGCCGGUGCGCUUCAAGCGAACAACUUAAGAACUUCCCUCCGCGAGUUAUUUACCUCCAGCAGCGCCGCAGUCUCUUCUCAGUCGUCCUUUCCGUGGACACGAGCAGGACAUAGCGCAAGCUUCUGGGUUUAAACGCGUUGCUGAAUAAUACCGUCCCUUUUUAAUAGCGAGACGUACCUGGGCGCUCUGACCAUAUAUCGACAAAGACGACUAAAACGCGGCGAAUGUGGGCUGGAUACUGCCUCACGUAUACCUGUGCAGUUACUGCAGACGCAGCGUGCCGAGCGUGACCGUGCGACGCGGAGUGGAAACCACAGCUGCCCGUUUCGUGUGGAGGUUUUUUUUUUUCCAAAAAGACGCAAAGAACUUCAGAUCUUCGGAAGCCAAACGACUGAAUUAUGAAGGGCAUCGGAUUCAGCACCACGGGCAGCAGCGGAGUGCAGCUGGUAACGUUUGUUCUUUUCAGCGUUCUGUCUUGCAUACUGGCGGAACAAGAAGUUGAGAACCUCUCCGGGUUGUCCACGAACCCGGACAAAGACAUAUUCGUGGUGCGGGAAAACGGGACGACGUGCCUAAUGGCCGAGUUUGCGGUCAGAUUCGUUGUUCCAUACGACGUCCUUGCACUCAAUGGUAUCGACCUGAUUACGGAACAAGCUUCGCUCGCACUGCCCCGUGGCGCGGAGAUCGAGGGGCGAUGCGGGACCACGGAAGCGGAGCUUCAGAUAGCCUGGAUAAACGACGCCUACACGUUCCGCAUCUUCUUCACCAAGGAAGUGUCAAAAGGAAAGGACAUUUGGAAGAUCAGCAAGGUUCAGCUGGUGUAUGACACUUCAGAAGCGACACACUUCAUCAGCGCAUACAACCCGGGGAAGCACACUGCUAGCACACACCGUCUCUCAGCGCUGGUGACCCCAGCUGGGCGGUCCUAUGAGUGCCAGGCGACUCAGAGCCUCACCCUCAUCUCCACGGACCACCAGAAGGGCGUGAGCGUGUUCCUCUCCGACAUCCGCAUUCAGCCCUUCGACAUCCCCAGCGACUUCACCUUCGGCCCAGUGUAUAAGUGCAUCACAGACCAGCGGGAGCAGCUGGAGGAGAUGCUGCCCCUGAUCCUGGGCAUCAUUCUGGGGGUCAUCAUCGUCAUCACACUCUCCGUGUACCACGUGCACCUCAAAAUGACCGCCCAGCAGCCCCAGCUGCCCCGCGACCGCUCACUCUACAAGAACAUGUGAGAGAGAGCUGCUCCUCCCAGUGCUGCUCCUCCCAGAGCUGCUCCUCCCAGUGCUGCUCCUCCCAGUGCUGCUCAUCCCAGUGCUGCUCAUCCCAGUGCUGCUCCCCAACCGCAUCAUCCAACCACUAUACGGCAUGAGCCCAAACCACACUAUAACACAAGCCCAAACCACACUACAACACAAGCCCAAACCACACUACAACACAAGCCCAAACCACACUACAACACAAGCCCAAACCACACUACAACACAAGCCCAAACCACACUAUAACACAAGCCCAAACCACACUAUAACACAAGCCCAAACCAUGCUACAACACAAGCCCAAACCACACUAUAACACAAGCCCAAACCACACUACAACACAAGCCCAAACCACACUAUAACACAAGCCCAAACCACACUACAACACAAGCCCAAACCACACUAUAACAAAGCCCAAACCACACUAU